AUGGACCAGCGUUCCAGCGCAUAAAGGUAAUGGUGAGCGGCCGCUAACGAGGACCCGUGCCUUUUUUACUGUUCUGAGCAAGUGAACUUCAGCCUCGAUGGACCAGCGUUCCAGCGCUUAAAGGUAAUGGUGAGCGGCCGCUAACGAGGACCCGUGCCUUUUUUACUGUUCUGUUCUCAUUUGACCAGCUACUAUGUACCGAUCAUCGACGAGAAAUUAUUACUCGCAGAUUAUAAUCGUGUGCCCCUCCAGGCAUCUAAACAUUGACAGAAAAAUAGAACCAAUUCAGAAACAUGGAUUCAAGCGAGAAAGAGAAGUUGCGCGGAGAGCGUCGCGAAUUCGACGAAGUUUUCAAGAUAGUUCGUGAGUUUGGCAUGUAUCAGUUCGGGUUGUACAUGCUGUGCUGUACGGCUCAGAUUCCCAUGUCACAAAUGGUCACGCAGUCCCUGUUUGCGUUUGGCUCGCCAAUGUUUCAUUGUGAUGAUGCUAACACUACAUGCCCCCCUUCCAAGUGUUGCGAUAACUGUACCACGUACGCCUUCGACGGGCCCUUCACGAGUACUGUGUCUGAGUGGAAUCUGCUGUGUGACCGCGCCUACUUGGGAGCUGGUAUCCAGUCUAGCUUCUUCGCCGGUAUGCUCAUAGGAUCACUGCUGAGUGGUUGGCUUGCGGACGCAUGUGGUCGGCGGACUUGUAUGUACCUUGGCGCCGCAUUUAUGGGAGCGUUCGGCUUGGGCCAGUCCCUCGCGGACUGCAUAUCGUUGCUUAUGCUGAUGCGGUUCGGAGUUGGCUUUUCCCUGGCUGGACUUAUGCUGACGGAGUUCGUAUACUUGGUGGAGAUGGUAGGACCGGGGGUUCGAACGGCCGUAGGCAAGACGCACGGGGUAUUCUGGAAGUUUGGUACAUGGGUCAGCGUACUUCUCUCGUACCUCAUCCGUGACUGGAGGCUUAUGGUGUUGAUUGGAAGCCUACUAAUAUUCUACAUAUUCGUGUUUUGGAGGGUAUUUCCAGAAACAGCCCGCUGGCUCAUGGCACACGAUAAGCUGGAGGAGUCACUUGCAGUGCUCACAAAAUGUGGGCCUAAGAAAAAAAACAGCGAGCUCGACCAGCAUGCUUUGCGCACUUUACUGGAGGAAAUCAGGCAGGACGAAAAAGAGCGCGAGGGGGGACUGGGUACCAGGAAGCACACGCCAUUGGACCUUGUCCGCACACCGAAGCUGCGGCGAUGGACCAUUAUCACGUGCUACAACUGGUUCACAGUAUCUCUGGUGUACUUCGGGUUUGAUCUGUACACCACGCAGCUCCCAGGAAGUAUCUACUUCAACUACUUUAUCAUGAAUCUUAUCGACAUCCCAGUACUCGCCUUUAGUUGGUUUGUUCUGUACAAGUAUGGACGGCGUCUUUCGUACUUCGGUUUCAUGGUCUUCGCUGGGGUCGCCUCGUUCAUUGUAACUGGUCUACCUUCCGAGUACGGCACGGCUACCACAGCUUUAGCAAUCAUUGGCCGCUCGCUCGUGUGGAGUCAGUUCAACAGCAUUUAUAUAAUUACGGGAGAACUCUUUCCUACUGUGAUAAGAAACACGGCCAUGGGUCUCGCGUCUCUCUUUGCUCGUGUCGGUGGAAUUCUCUCCCCAUUCAUCGUCAUGGUGGCUCAGCUACCAGGCCUUAGCAUCACUCUCCCAGUGACUAUAUUUGGAGUGCUCGCCCUAGGCUCCGCGGUAGCCUCGCUCUGGCUCCCAGAGACUAUAAACGCUGACAUGCACCAGACGAUUAACGAGGCCGAGAGCGCCAAAGAGGAUUUUGGGAUACCUUGUUUGAAACGGAGGGAAGCAAACAUGGUGGAGCUAGAUGACAUGCGCGGGGAUGACGUCACCCAGGCUGAACAAGACGUCAACGCGUAGAUGAAUCUGCGAAACCGGUAUUCAAUACCAUCACCAUUGUGUUACCGCGAUAGUGUUGAAAAUCGCAACGCUAAUUCCAGUACCGCGAGGUUAAACGAAAGUUUUCGAUUUGUAAUGGCGAUGUUUUACCGGAAAUUUGAGAUGUGAAAAUAGAGAUAUCACAGUACUUUUACUAACGCUACUGCUACUUCUACUAUUACUGCUGCUACUGCAAAGGAAUUUGAUAGCAGUUCGAGUUUCGGCUGGGAAAAUAUGGGUUUAUGGAGGGUAAACAUAUAGAAAAAUACUGAAAUAACGUUGAGUUAGCGGGAGAUUCGAGUAAAACAUGGUUCUAAUUCCUGUUAAAACUUUAUUUUUGUUCAAUAACUUGAAAAAUACAACAAGUAAUGAAA